CAAAGACUGUUUUCAUCCUUUCUUAUAUUUUCUCCCCACAGGUCAUCUAAAAACUGGGGAAAUGAAUAACAGCAAAGUGCAAGUGGCUGUGAGGGUCCGUCCUUUGAAUCCGAGGGAGGAAGGACUAAACUCAGAGUGUGUUGUUCAGGUCACUGAGAACCAGAUUACCCUUCUGCCACCCAUUUCCUGCAAGGAAAAAGCCAGAAAAGAACCUCAUAUCUUCAUAUAUGACAACUGUUUCUGGACAGAGGAUAAAUAUGAUACUGGGCAGGAAGAUGUUUUUAAACAUCUUGGAGAUGGAGCUCUUGAGAACAUAUGGCUUGGUUACAAUGUGUGUAUCUUUGCUUAUGGCCAAACCGGAUCAGGAAAAACAUUUUCAAUGAUGGGAACACAUGACCAACCUGGUAUUGUGCCAAAAAUCUGCUCUGCUUUAUUUAAUAAAGAGUCCAAUGACUUGGAAACCAUCAGGAUUGAGGCCUCUUAUUUUGAGAUCUAUAAUGAGGAGGUGAGAGAUCUUCUAAGGUCACAAAACAAUCAAACAAAACUAAGAGUUAGAGAAGACCGACUACUCGGUCCAUAUGUAGAGGAGUUAUCUUGUCAUGCUGUUCAAAGCUAUGAAGAGAUUAAAUUGCUGUUGGACCAAGGUAACAAACAGAGGGCCAUUGCAGAAACCAAGAUGAAUGAGCAGAGCAGUCGUUCUCAUGCCAUACUAGCACUGACCGUUACACAAGCAUGUCACAAAAUGUCACAUGAUCACAAGUCUGGAGCCUCCAGAGAGUUGGUGAGUAAAGUCAGCCUAGUAGAUCUGGCGGGAAGUGAGAGGUCCUACAAAUCUGGAGCCCAAGGCAGUCAGCUUAAGGAGAGUUGUAAUAUCAAUAAAUCCCUCUUAACUCUCGGCCUAGUCAUAAAUUCAUUGGCUGAAAUCUCGGGAAAAAAAAGGAAGAGUCAAUACGUGAAUUAUAGAGACUCUGUGCUCACCUGGCUGCUAAAGAACAAUCUUGGAGGAAACAGCAAGACGAUUAUGUUGGCCACAGUCAGUCCUGCAGCAGAUAAUUAUCAGGAAACGCUCUCCACCCUAAGAUACGCAGACAGCGCCAAACGAAUAGUCAACCAAGCCGUGGUCAAUGAGGAUGUGAAAUCCAAAGCCAUAGAGGAGCUACAAGAGGAAAUUAAAAGGCUCAGAGAGCAGCUGACAACAACAGAACACGUCAAAACAGAAGUACAAAAACUGAAGUCACAGUUGGAGGAAAAAGAAAAUCUUCUCAGUGAUCUGAAAACCUCGUGGGAAGAAAAGCUGAAAAGGACCGAGGUCGCCACUCAGGAAUGGAAGAAGAAUUUAGAGCACAUGGGCGUUAUUCUUAAAAAACAGAAUGUCACAUUUAGUAAUGACUGCUAUCUUAUGCAACGUGGUACAUCAUUAACUAUCCAUAAUAUAAAUGAUAUCAUCAAGAUUGGCUCUGGAUUUUCCCAAGACAUCCAGAUCUCCGGUCCUGAUGUUGAGUGUGAACAUUGUGUGAUCCGGAAGACAGAAGAAGGAGAGGUUUUUCUAAUUGCAGUCAACAAUUUAAAAACCCACGUCAAUGGCUGCUUAUGUAAGACAAAAACCCAGCUGUGGCAUGAAGAUAAAAUACAGAUAGGAAUAAAUGUAUUUGAGUUACACCAACCCAGCAGACCAAAGCCAGAAUAUAUGAGGACAAAUGUUUCAUCUGAAGCUGAGGUUCAAACAUAUGAUGAACUGAAUACAGAAAAUGGCAGGUCACCCAUAUUAUCUGAAAGCGACGGCUGGAAUAGUAACAUGAUUGAGAAUGAGAAAUCCAAGACUAAAUCUGCAUUUUACAAGGCAACCGAAAGUUCUGCACCAACCAUUCCAGCCUCUGAUGAUGACCUUAACUCUUCUGAAAACAAACAAACAUCUGAUAUGUUUACCCAAAUCUCUAAUGAGCCCAACCGUCAGCCUAUUGAUAUGGAAGUUAAUACCACCAAAUCCGAAUAUUUGGAGAUAGGUGAAGGCACAGAAGACAUCAUGGUUCCAUGUUCACCGCAGUAUGGCGAGACCAGUUCUCAAACUUCAGAAAUUUUAGGAAACAGUAAUGGCCUGCAGAGCAUUCAAGAUCUGGAAGAUCGUGCUAAUUUUCCAAGAAUAUUAGAGAUUUCCAGAGAGAAAAAGGAGCUCCAGAGGACUCUCAGACGGGACAUGUCCCAUCCAUCUCCAGAUAAUGAGAUGGAAGAACCCGACAUCCCACUAUGUGACAAAAUCCCUAAUGACCCUGUAGUCACAUCACAGAAUGAUACUUGUGAAGAAAAUCAAAAUGUGAAAACCCAAAAUGUUCCACCUCAGCAAAGCAACUCUGACACAUGCAAAGCAAGUCCACAUGAGAACGUUCUACACCCAGAAUGUGACUCCUUCUCAGAGAAAUCUCAAGCUGAACCUGACCUUAACACCUCAUCAAAGAGAGAACCCCAGCAAAAUGACAAGGACCACUGUGACAAUGACAGAGAAGUUGACAAAGAGUUGGCUUCAGAUGGACCCCUGAGGACUCACAGACAGGACAUGUCCCCGACAUCUCCAGGUGAUGAGAUGGAAGAAUACAACAUCCCAACAUGUGACCAAAUUCCUGAUGACUUUCCUGAUGACUCCGGAGUCACAUCACAGCACAACACUUGUGAAGAAAACCAAAAUGAGAAAUCUGAGGAAGUUCCACAUCAACAAAGCAACACUGACAACUACAAUACAAGUUCACAUGAGAACGUUCUACAGCAAGAAUGUGACUCCUCCUCUGAGGAAUCUAAAGCUAAACCUGACCUUAACACCUCACCAAAGAUAGAACUCCUGCAAAAUGACAAGGGCCUCUGUGACAAUGACGGAGACGGUGACACCGAUAUGGCUUCAGGUGGACUCCAGAGAACUCGCAGACAGGACACAUCCCACCCACAUCCAGAUGAUAAGAUGGAAGAACCUCACAUCCCACUAUGUGACAAAAUCCCUGAUGAUCCCAUAGUCACAUCACAGAAUGACACUUGUGAAGAAAAUCAAAAUGGGAAAACUCAAAAUGUUCCACAUCAGCAAAUCAACUCUGACACAAGCAAAGGAAGCCCACAUGAGAACGUUCUACACCUAGAAUGUGACUCCUUCUCAGAGAAAUCUCAAGCUGAACCUGACCUUAACACCUCAUCAAAGAGAGAACCCUUGCAAAAUGAAAAGGGCCUGUGUGACAAUGACGGAGACGGUGACACCGAUAUGGCUUCAGGUGGACUCCAGAAGACUCUCAGACAGGACACAUCCCACCCAUCUCCACAUGUUGAGAUUGAAAAACCUAAUAUCUCUCCAAGUGACAAAAUUCCUGAUGACUUCCAAGUCACAUCACAGCACAAGACUUGUGAAGAAAACCAACAUGAGAAAACUGAGGGAGUUCCACCUCAACAAAGCAACUCUGACACAAACAUAGCAAGUCCACAUGAGAACUUUCUACAUCAAGAAUGUGAGUUCUCCUCCGAGAAACCUAAAGCUGAACCAGACCUGAACACCUCAUCAAAGAUAGAAAUGCAAAAUGACAAGGGCCUCUGUGACAAUGACAGAGAAGGUGACAAAGAAUUGGCUUCCGAUGAACUCCAGAGGACUUGCAGACAGGACAUGUCCCAUACUUCUCUAGAUGAUAAGAUGGAAGAAUCCAACAUCCCACCAGGUGACAAACUUCCUGAUGACACAUCACAGCACCAAACUUGUGAAGAAAACCAAGAUGAGAAAACUGAGGAAGUUCCACAUCAACAAAGCAACACUGACACAUACAACGCAAGCCCACAUGGUAGUGUUCUACAUCAAGAAAGCGACGACUCCUCCGAGAAACCUAAAGUUGAACCAGACUUGAACACGUCAUCGAAGAAAGACCUCCCACAAAAUGACAAGGGCCACUGUGACCUUGAUGGUGAAAAUGACACAGGGAUGUCUUCAGAUGACGAUUUUGUAGAGUGUUCCUCUGAGUUCACUCUUAAUGGAGAGCAUACCUCUUGUGAAAGUACUAUACAACUACAGAAUGCAGCUAAGGAUUCAACAGAUCAUAAAGAACCUGAUAUUGACCCCAAUACUUUAUCCUCUGAGACUUCCACUCCCAGUGUUUUUUCAGAGGAAUCAAGAAAAGAAAAUCAAAAUGAAAAAGAAAAUAUGUUCAAGGAGCUGCUGGAGAAGAUGAAGAUUGACACUAAACAAACCUCAAAACUGACUCUACAGAAAGUUCUUGAAAUUGGUCCAGAAAGUUUAAUGACAGACGACCCUUCUGAUGAUGAUAAUGCAUUAUGGUAUUUUGUAAGAAGGUUGAUGUCACUAAAUGGGGAUGCCAGAAAUAUAAAUAAGCUUUUUAUGAAAUCAGAGGAGAGCGGGGGUAAUAAGGAUGAUAGUUUUAUAUUCUUUGAUGAAAGCGACUCACAGAAUUUUAUCCACCCUCUUGAUGUGGUUUCUGCUGCCUUUCAUUGCUCAGACCAUUUCUUGCAGCAAGAAAUGAUAUCAAAAAUGUCAAUGUGUCAGUUUGCAGUCCCUCUAAUGCUGCCUGAUGCUGAUGGCCCAGAAUGCACCUUCAUGUUGUGGGCGAUGAGGGGCAUAGUAAAGAAAUGGAGACCUAAGUCAUUGGCAGACAGCAAAGGAGUUAUGGAGGACAGCUUGGUCAACGUCCAAAUGCCAACGAUCUCAUUUGUAAGACUGGGGAAUUGUAGGCUAUCAAAGUCAAAAAUUCUAAAUCAGCUUUUGGGCACAACACAACACCAACAUGAACAUUUUAUCCACAGGUAUAUGGAAGGUGGAAAUGCCGCAAGGAAAAUAUCAGAUGGGUUGGUAGAAAUUUCCUGGUAUUUUCCUGGUGGUAAAGGUAAAUUUCCAGAGCCCGUGGCUUUUACCAAUCUACGAGGAAACCUGGAGUCUAACCUGAAGCAAUUUAACUUUCUGACAGAAAUCUCAUCAGUCAUUGUGAUUCUUACAGAAGGCAUCAGUAAGGACCAGUAUGAACUGUUAAUGAAGUAUAACAGCCGCAAUACAAAAUAUCUCUUGAUAAUUAGCCCAGAGAACACCAGGAUGAAGGAGGACACACAAAAAAGACUAAAGCUUUUGGCACCUGUGCUAAAUUUUACUCAAGACAGUAUUUCAAUGAUUCCAAGAAAUACAAAUGAGACAACAGCUGGUUCAAAGCUUUAUUUAUCACUUCUAUCAUUGGUUCAAAACAAUAUCAAAACUCUCAGUCUAGAAACAAUAUCUAAACAAGCCUCCAGACACGGGAUCCGAAUAGAUGAGGACUUUGAGGAAUGUCAGAAAGCAAAAUUGGCAGCAAAAGAAAUAACAGAGGAAAUCGAAGAUGUUGAGAAAUACAAGAAAGAAACAAUGAAAUUACAAGCCGGACCCCUGAAAGAAAUGGCCAAAUUAGAAAAGGAGAUGUGCCAAAUGAAAGGACAAGGGAAUAGUAAUGGGGAGAAAUACAAAUCUGAACUCAGAAAAAAAUGUAACUCAAUAAGACAAAGCCAAUGGGAAUGUGACAUUCCAACUGGAAUAUCAAAAUUUGUAAAUGCGAUCACGUCAACAAAUACAUCAGAAAAGUUCUAUUUUUUACAGUGGUUAAAAUUUCAUCUUGAUGUUGAGGCAAGAAAAUGUCUUUACCCUUUACAAGCUCAAUAUAAAGAAACAUGUAAUUUGCCUGACAAGCAGAAAGAGCUUGCCAAGUUGGAUCAGAAGAUAUCUGAUAGUUCGCUGGGUAUUGAGCACUUUCUGAGAGAAGUGGGUCAGUUCUAUGAAGCCUGGCAUUAUAUGGGAAAAAAGGAGAAAUCAACAACCAUAAACUUUGAAUCUCUUCCAAAGAUAGCUGCAGAUCUUCUGUUGGAUGGGUUUCCGCUGGAGCUUAUAGAUGGAGAUGCGUCCAGAAUUCCCUUGCAAUGGGUAAGAGAUGUGCUGUGUGAGUUGAACAAGAAAAUCAAAAGACAAAGCAGACUGAGAGUAAUAACAGUUCUUGGGGUGCAGAGUACAGGGAAAUCCACCCUUCUGAACACCAUGUUUGGGUUGCAGUUCCCGGUGGCCAGCGGGCGAUGUACACGAGGAGCCUUCAUGACUCUUCUGAAAGUGAAGGAAAAUUUCCAGGAUGAUUUGAGCUGUGAGUUCAUUUUGGUGAUAGACACUGAAGGACUGAAAGCUCCAGAAUUGGAUUCUCUUGAUGGCAGCUAUGAACAUGAUAAUGAAUUGGCGACAUUAGUGAUUGGAUUGAGUGACAUCACUUUAUUUAACAUGUCCAUGGAAAAUACAACAGAAAUGAAAGAUAUUUUACAAAUUGUCAUCCAUGCUUUUCUUAGGAUGAAAGAAAUUGGGAAAAAACCCAGCUGCCAAUUUGUACAUCAGAAUGUAAGUGACGUAUCGGCUCCACUAAUGAACAUGAGGGGGAGGAAGAAGCUGAUGGACCAGUUGGAUGAAAUGACCAGAACUGUGGCAGUUAUGGAGAAAAAGACUCAGUUUAAAUAUUUCUCUGAUAUCAUGGAGUAUGACCUAGAACAUGACAAUUGUUACAUUGCUGGUCUGUGGCAUGGGGUCCCACCAAUGGCUUCCGUCAGCAGUGCGUACAGUGAAAAUGUCAAUGAACUCAAACAAAAUCUACUAAAGAUCAUGAAACACAGACGUAAUAAGACACAAAACAUUAAUGAAUUCUUUAUAUGGGUAUCUGGCUUAUGGAGUGCAGUAAAACAUGAAAACUUCAUAUUUAGUUUCAAAAACAGCUUGAUAGCAAAAGCCUACAACCAGUUAUCUAUAAAAUAUUCUGAACAUGAAUGGAAAUUCAAGAAACUGAUGCAUGAAUGGUUCACUAAAUCUGAGACACUGAUCAAGAAUCAGUCUGAUGAAACGCUGGAGGCCAAAGCCAAUGAGUGUCAUAAGGAAGCAGAAAUUAUUCUCACAAGUGAGGAGAAAAAGAUUUUAGCUUGGUUGGGAGAGUAUUUCAGUAAAGAGACAGAUGGUGCCCAACUAAUAAAAUACAAAACAGACUUCGAAAUCAGUGCUCAGAGCUUGAGAAAAAGUCUUGAAACAUCUUCAAUCAACAAACUUAAUGAAACUAUUCAGAUCCAAAAAGAGCAACUCAGGAUAGAUCAUUUAUAUGAUCAACAAAUUGAAAAAAUUGAAAAAAAGGUCUCAAACUUUAUAGAAGAGUGUAGAAAGAAAAAACAAGAGCUGAGUGAUAAUGAACUGGAGAAGGAACUUGAAAAAAUCUGGGAGGAUGAAACCAAAGAUCUAGAUGUAAGUCAUCGGCCAGAGCGUGACAUUGAAGGAGAGAUGUUACUGGUGCUCACCAAGGACAUGAAAGAGAAAGGUUCUGCUGUUAAUGCAAAAUUACAGCAGACAAAGCAUUUUCCCAAACCCAAGGAACAGCAGAAACAAAUAAAAAUCUCAUUUUUUCAGGCUAUUUGGAAUUAUACAAUGGGGAGACAGAAAAAAGAAUUCCAAUAUGAGGAUUUUUUACAGAGUGUGUUGAAUAAAUGCAUUAAUGAUUUAGGAAAACAAAUACAAAAAGGUUCUGACUACGAUGACACAUACUGCAGGGAAAUAUUGAAGAUAAUUGAUGAAAACUGUAAACAUUCUGAUGCAAAGAAUUAUUUUUCAGCUGACCUUGAAUUCGAUUUGAAGUUGACCAUUUUGGGACACGUUCUUGUUGAUUUUCAGAAGAUGCAUUUGACAUUUUUACAGAAUAAUGACCCCCAUGCUAAGCUCAAUUCCCUGAAGCCACUAUACUUUGAUACAUUCAAAAAUGUUUUUCAGAAAAAAAAUGAGAGCAAGAGCCUCACUGAACGAGUCUGUAAAGAUGUUUUUAAACCAUCACUAGCUGAUCAUAUUAACAGAAAACUGGGAAUAGAAGUGGUAGAUGACAUCGCAAAUAGCAAAGGUUCUGAAAAAUAUAGCUCUCGAAUGUUUUUCCAGUUCACUGUUCUAGAGAACCUUCUGGAGGAAGACAAUUUCGAAAACUAUGUGGAAUACUCAAGUGACUAUAAAAACUUUGUAAAAUCCUGGAUAACUAACUAUAUUGUAAAGGAAUAUAAAAAUAUCAGUACUUUACAAGAGAGAAUUCUGUCUGAUAUCAUGGGACGGGUCAGAUCUAGUCUCACAAAUCCCCCAACUUUAAACCUUCGAGGGGUUUCAGAAUUUUUGCCCCAUCUGUGUGAGAAAUUGAACAGUGAUCUGGUGUUACCACAGAAGACAAUGAAGGCAAUCAUUUUUGAAAAUUCGGCAACUAUUGAGGAUUUUAUUGAUUAUAUGAAGAACAGCCUGACUGAUACAGAAGAAGAGAUCCGAGCUGAACUUAAAUCUCUGAGUACAGAGGAUGUUCUUUCCAGACUUGUAGUGAAGCCUCAGGAUGAACUGUUCAAGAAGGUGUUUGGGUGCGGGAAGCAAUGUCCUUUCUGCAAAGUCCCCUGUGAGGCUGGAGGGACGGAUCAUAAAGAGCACUUUGCGUCUGUACAUCGCCCAAAAGGACUAGGAACUUACAGAAGCACUAGAACAGAAGUUCUUUUUCAUGAUAUUUGUACUACCUCUGUGGUUGGCAAUGCACGUUUUAAGAAUGAGCUCACAGAAUGGAAAAGUCAUCCCUACAAGGAUUAUAGAGAUGUCUACCCAGACUGGAAAAUUCAACCAGAUGAGAGUAUUGAAGCUUCUGACUACUGGAAAUUCAUUCUCAAACAGUACAAUAAGCAGUUUGCAGAAGAGUAUAAAGCUAAACCAGCAAACUAUCCUGAGGAGUGGAACAGUCUGACCAGAGAGAUGGCAAAGAAAAGUCUCCAGAAAACAUUCAAUAUGUAACAAGACAAUGAAUAAAUGUCUCUCAUCUAAUGUAUGUGCAAUGUCCCUGUUAUAAAGAAAGCCAGAAAGAUA